AAAUGGGUCGCGAAAGCUAUGAUUUUUUUUUAAAUCAAUUUUUCAUUUUUUUAUUCUUUAUAAAAUUAUGAAUGAUUAUUAAUACAUAUAAACUAUAAAUAAUAUGGAAGACUUGAGGAAGAUCAGAAUGUUACUUUAGGACAAUAAUCGGAAUAUUUUCACAACGUCAAUCUUCAGUCAUCUCAAAUUUUCAGUUGCUUAGCAACGAAAUAAAGCAUCAACAACCGACAAAAUGUAUUUUUAUCAAUAACAUUUAAGUAUUAAUUAUUCUAACACAAGUACCUUUCCAGUUAUUUGUCUUUAGAAAAGACAUCGCAAAAUGACGACUCCAAAAUUGUUAUACACUAUAGAACAGCCUCAUGGCAUGGGAGAGUUGUACUUCUUGUGGCAGAAGGGAGAGUCCCAUUCCUUGCUGGCCACAACUGGAACAGAUGCUACUGUGGCUGUGCAUGAUAGAAGUGGACAGUUGUUAGAAAGGAUGAAGUUACAGGGCCUUUGUGGUGGAAUGGAAUGGGACCAAGAUGGUGAUUAUUUAGCGAUUAUAACUCCUAAUAGUAAUACCGUGUUGUUGUGGGAGUGUCAUGCUAAUAAAAGAAUUAAUAUUGAAACUGGACUACGAGAACCUCCGUCAUGCAUUGCAUGGGCUUACGGAGAACCAUUAUUGGCUGUUGGAACACAGAAAGGAAAUCUUGCACUUUAUAAUCAUCAUACAACCAAGAGAAUACCAAUAAUAGGUAAACAUACAAAGAAAAUCACAUGUGCCGCAUGGAAUAAGGACAGUAUUCUGGUAUUGGCAUCAGAAGACAAGAGCUUGUCAAUUAAUAACUCAGAUGGAGACACUUUGAGAAUGAUAUCUCUUAGAGAUGCACCAAAUGAUCUGCAGUUCUCAGAGAUGAAAACUGAUGAGAGAGUUGCUGGGGAGAACACAAUAAGUUUGGUAGUUGGUAAGAGGACUCUAUACUUAUACAAUCUCCUGAACCCAGAGAAUCCAAUAGAACUGGCAUUUCAACAGCGCUAUGGUUCCAUAGUAUCGUACAAAUGGUAUGGAGAUGGCUAUAUCCUUAUAGGAUUUAGUGCUGGAUUCAUUAUUGCCAUAUCCACACAUAUCAAGGAAGUUGGUGAAGAACUGUUCCAAGUCAAAAAUCAUAAGGAUAACCUGACUGAUGUAGCAGUUUGUAAUGGGAUGGCAGCUUCUUGUGGUGAUGGACAACUAAAACUAAUAGCAAUAUGGAAUAACGGCGAGGUAUCAGGAUCAGUUAUGCCAGCCGGUGGAGCGGAGCGUUGUGCUUGGAGUUCCGACGGACGUCUGCUUGCGACGGCUGGUCGAGCGUAUCUGAAUGUAUACGUGACAGCUUUACCGCCAUUACACGCGGCCUAUGGCACCAGAGUCAUUACAUUGACUAGUCUUACUGAGGCAACGGUGUAUCAAUGUAUUGCUGUUGGUGAUGAACCGGAACCUGUGAAUAAAUCGGAACCGACACCCCUAGCAACAUAUACACUACCAACAGAACCAAGUGUCAUUGCCUUGGGUGGGUCCCACGUAUGUUGUGCCAGUGGUACUCUAGCGUGGUUCUACCCACUCACUGGUGGAGCCGCGGCCAGGAGACAGUAUCCAGCACCUAUCGAGAUGAUCACCUUAGCUGGAGAAUAUGCUGCUGCAUUGUUUCAAGGACGAGCUAUGUUGCAUGUGAUCGAUCAAAUAGACCCAGCGCAGCCAGAGAAAGAAGCCAUGUUGUUUCCCGAGCCCCAUAUGCAGGGCGCCAAGAUCGUUGACAUACACCUCACUACUGAUUUCUUCAUAUUCGUCACGGAUCAAGGUCACGUCGAAUACUUCGGCGUGGAGGAAUGGCGUAGUAGUGCCCGGCACCGUCACGCGUGUGGGUUGCGCCGCCUGCACUGCGACAUCGGCGGCGCCCGCGCAGCGCUGGUCGACGAGCGACGCCGCCUCGCCGUGUACUGCCCCGCGGCGGACCAUGUCGCUGCUGUUACUAGGAAUGCUGCUACUGACGUCAGGGGCAUAAUCUGGGACAUUUGCCUCUCAGACCGCAACGUGUUCAUAAUAUACACGGACGAGGCUAUAGAGACGUAUUACUACGCGGCUAACUCCAUCAACGGCUCUCACGUGGACUUGGUGGGGACUACACCACUUAUGGCUGGACAAAUACCGCUUAUUCUGUUCUCUGGAGAUGUUUAUUGCUAUGCUAAUGCUGGAUCGGUAUUAAAAAUGGCGUUAGACUCUCACAAUACGGGUGGCCUAGCAGACGCGGACACAGAGAAACGUCUAGCCAACCAGCGCCGACAUAUAGAGAAGUUGUUACUGCUGAGGCGGUUCAGUGAAGCCUGGCUGUUCUGCGAUGCUGUGGAUGAAGUGGAACUAUGGAGGAAGAUGGGAGAAGCCGCUAUAGCUGACCUUAAUGUUGAGUUUGCAAUUCGUGUCUAUACGAGGCUUAGUGAUGUGGCAAUGGUUUGGGCCUUAGAAGAUGCAUCGCAUAUUGAAGACUUAUCUAUAUUAUGUGGCAUGCUAUGUGCAUGCGUGGACAAAGGUGACGCAGCGGUGCGUUGGUUGGAGGGGGGCGCGGGCGGCGCGGGGGACGCUACAACUGACUUUUAUUUCAAAAGAAUAGUUAACGUCAUACAUAACAGAUGGCAGCACCAGUAUCUUAACUUACUACUACACAUUGUUAAUAUUCAAAACAACAAUAACAUUUCAAUUUACUUCAGGGCAGACUACCACGAAGCUCUAACAAACUACGAGAAAAGCAUCAUAACUGAAAACACAGACGACAUCAAAGUAAAAGAACAUAAUGAUAAAUGCGAAGCGGGGAUCGCACGAAUGGCGAUACGAUGCGGUGACGUCAUGCGGGGACUUACCACUGCAAUGAAACACUCGCACGACAUUAUGCUUAUAAAGGAAUGUGCCCAAUUACUAGAAGAAGAGAAACAGUACAGUCACGCCGCAGCCCUAUACGACCAUGUAGGGAACACAGAGAAAGCAGCGUCCCUAUACAUCAAGCUAAAAUCCUGGCUCAAAGUCGAAGCUCUACUCCCAAAGAUCAAUUCACCCAGCAUACAUAUACAGUACGCAAAAGCGAAGGAAGCUGAAGGGAGAUAUCAAGACGCCUUAAAAUCCUACCUCAAAGCCCAAGACUAUGAAGCAGCGAUCAGACUGAACUUAGACAAAUUAGAUGAUAUAGACGAAGCAGUCAAUUUAGUUCAAGAAACAAAGUCAAUACAAGGAGCUAAAAUGGUAGCGAAUUACUUCCAAAAUAGUGAUGACCCUACCUCAGCAAUAAAGUUCUUAGUCAUGUCCUUGUGUUAUGAUGAAGCGUUUCAACUUGCAAGGAAGAAUGGCAAACUGCAGUUGUAUGGAGAAAUAUUGAUUCAGACGUCGCAAGCAAGGCCGGAGGACUUCAAGAGUUUAGCGUUACAUUUUGAAGGGGAAAAGAAUCAUUUGUUGGCUGGGAAGUUCUAUUUCCAUGCUGGGGAGUAUAAUAAGGCGAUGUCUCAUUUGUUAAGGAGUGGAGGGUCUGAAGAGGAGGAGAAUGAAGCGAUUAGUAUAGCUAUUGAUGCGGCCGCUGCUAGUGAUGAUGAGAGAUUGAGUCGGAGGUUGAUAGAGUUCCUCCUUGGCGAGACUGACGGUACUCCGCGUGAACCACGACACUUGUUCCGAUUGUACAUGGCCAAGAGGCAGUUUGCUGAAGCUGCUAAAACUGCGAUUAUAAUAGCGGGCGCAGAAUGUCGCGCGGGUGCGUACCGCGAGGCGCGUGACGUAGUGCGCGCUAUGUGCGUGUCGCUGCGGGGCUCGCGGAUGCCCGUACCCAGGGACAUGAGGCAUGCCAUCGCAUUGCUGCAUAGCUACAUACUGGUCCGUACCCACGUAAAACGUGGCCGUCACGACUUGGCUGCUAGACUGCUCUUACGCACUGCCGCUGACGUCACAUUCUUCCCUACACCACAGCAUCAAGUAUCGAUUCUAACAUCGACGGUCAUCGAAUGCAGUCGUGCUGGUUUGAAGCAUCAAGCCUUCCAUUGGGCUAGAGUGUUAAUGCAACCUGAAUAUCGGUCACAGAUUGACCCAAAAUAUGUGAAAAAGAUAGAGAGCGUAGUCCGGCACGGAGCCCGCGAGGCGGCCGCGCCCGCUGUGACGUCCCCGUGCCCGCAGUGCGGCGCCGACCUGCCGGUCGCAGACCUCACUUGUACGCACUGCGAGGUCGAUGUACCGUUCUGUUUGGCUUCUGGUCUACACAUCGUGAAGGAUGAUCUGACUGCGUGUCCGGAAUGUGAUUUUCCGGCUAUUCUCACCGAAUUUGUAGAGAUCCUUCAAGAAGAGGGUAAAUGUCCAAUGUGCGGCGAGAACGUAGAUUACCGGCGACUGGUCAAGAUUGACGACGUUGCUGCCUAUAUGGACCUUAGCACCUCGGAAUAGAGUUCAAGUUUGCGUGUAUUUUUGUAUGUACACAAUUUUAAUAUCCAGUAGCUGACAAAAAGCUGUACUUAAAACUAGUAAAAGUUAAAACUUAUUGUAUUUAAGUAGGAAUAAGAUCUCUAUUCCAUUAUAUCUUUAGCACACUAAAAUAUGAUUACUUCGUACGUAACAUAUAUUUCAAAAUUAAACAAUUAAAAAAUAUCGUCAAACAACGAUAAAAAACGAAUGUUUUAAAAAUAGAUGCCAUCAACAUUGUACUAACACAAGGUCGUGUUAAGCAAUCCAGUCUGCCAUACAAUUCAGAACUUAAAAACUCUAUUGCAAUGCACAUAGAGUUGAAAAUAGUUCAUUCAUUACAAACGAUAAGCUUUAAGAAAUCCCUCCGUUAUCUUACAAGGUUAGUUAAUUUGAUUAUUUUCUUCAUAAACGCCUUGAGAUAACAGGUUGUAACUAGUUUAUUGUUGUUUUUAUGUGAUAAUUUUGUGAUUGGGAAAUUGUCCGUCCAGUUAGUUUAUAGUAUUGUUAGUUUAUGUAGUUUUAGCAUUUAGUUGUAGUAUUUAGAUAAACUGUAUUUAGUGUUCUGAACUAGAGUCAAUUCAUACAAGCGCAGAUAAAAACGAAACGCCCGAAAAUGCGCGCCUGAGCGCAAUAAAUGCGGGGAAUGAACGCUUUAGUUGCCGGAUGUAAGGUUGAAUUUCCUUUGCGACAUUUUAAUUAACUCUACUUCGACUCUGCGCUAGUAUAAAUUGAACUUUUUAUAUAUUUCCGUCCUAUUUCAUCCAUUGAAGCAUGUUUUUCAUGCAAAGAUGGAGUAAUCCUAUAAUUAUUAAGUAUAAAUUAUAUUUAUAUGAUAAUUAAAAAGUAUAUGCAUUUCAUAUGUUAGUUUUAUUUAUCUGUAACCAUGGGCGUUGACAAAAUUACUUUCAAGGGAUUCUAGAAUUACUGUGCCUCAAUUAGCAAAUAUUUAUUAGUAUUAAUAGAACGAAUUGGACUAUAUCAUUUGUCCAAUUAGUUCUAUCUCCAAGAAAAUAUUAGUAUUAUGUUUGGUAUCUUACGAAUGGAUCGAGAUAUUGUAAAAUUUCGAAAUAUCAUUGUGCGGGCUCGGAGGGAUCAGGCUGUGGAUCAGUCCUCGACGAGCUAGGUGCUUUGUGGAGAGCAAGUGGACUGUAUAAUGAAGUGGAUAACUCGUACACUGAUAUACUUUAUUACGAUAAUGUUAACAACACUAGUGGAGAUUCACAAUAUUAGGUCGACUGGCUAUGAUCGACUUUAUACAUAUAACGACUACAUACAUUGACACACUGACUGCGUGAUAUUUCAUUGACAACUCAUUGACAACUGAGUACACCUCACAAUCACCGUGAGCAACACUAUUUUCGAAAAUUGUGAACAUUAUGUUUGGAAUAAAAAAAAAUGAGUUCAUUUAGCCCAAGGUCGUACCCCUCCAGCCCCUUCAAUUAGAAAAAUCGUUUCAAAAGGUUGUGUGUAUAUGGUUUGCGGAAAUUUUGUUAUAUUUUGACUAGGACCUCUAGUUUUUGAGAUAUUGCAAGAUUUUCAAAAAUAACCCUAACCAACACUCCUCGCUAUUCAUUAAUAUUAAUGUAUUUCUGGGAUUUAAAAAAAUAAGCUAAUUUAGUUCAAGGUCAUCCCCACAGUAACAAUAUUUUACGAAGAUAUAUGUAUAGGGGACACACCUAGCUUCACUGACAAUUCAAUUUGACGUUUCAAAAGUGUCUAAUCCAAAUUAAUUCUUCGACUUUGUGAAUAUUUCGUUAUUUUUUGGCUACCUCUAAAGCAAAAAGCUUUACAUAGAGAGGAGUGGAAGGAGG